AUGUUUGGGUGCUGUGUUGCCGGCCGUCUCAUGCAGACGAACCUGCAGCAGAUCGACGAGACGCAUGCGAUGUUCGAGUUGCCGAAUGCGAGUACGAUCAACCACAUAUGUGUGUUUCUCCUGGGCACAGUUCCAUUCCCAGAAGGCUACGGUGCGACGGUGCAUUUCCACUGGCCCGGCAAGGGCUUUCAGCUCCUAGGCAUGCUCUCGAACGACAAACCAUCCGCCAUCUUCCGCCUGCGCGGCACAUUCUCCUCCCAGACCACCAAAUCCGCGCUCUUCACGAACGGCGCGCCCGGCAUGCCAUUCGACCCCACCGCGCCCGCAGACGUCACCGCCAUCCUCGGGAUCGCCAUCGAGCCCCUCUCGACGAUCGAGGCCGAGAUGGCCGCCCUCCCUAAUGCCGUCGCGCGCCCGGUUAACGCACAGCCCGACGCGACCCUCCUCGCCGAGCGGAUAGUGAAGCACCUGUUCAACUACGUGUCGGGCUUCAUGGGUGGCGGCCCGGUCACGCCGGAGAGCUUCGUCCCAAUGGCGAUGAUUGCGAAGUGGUACCAAGUGUUCAUUGGGAAGGUGCGGAAUACGGGGAUUGGGUUCUUGGAACAUCAGGAGUAG